AUGUCUUCCCGGCUCAUCAACCAGCAGCAGGCUGGAACCAGUCGUGAGCGGGCGCCCAACACCUCCCCUAGCGAGGCCGAUCGCCGCAAGAUGCAAGAUCUCGAGGUAGCUUUGGCCAAGGCCAAGCGUGAACUGGAAGUCUUUUACAGGGAGACAAACCAGACGUCCUCGGUCCUUGCUGUCGAGACCAAUCCUGGAGACAGUGCACAAGACCAUCCCGUCCCAAAACAUGAUCCCGACAACUGCUGUCAGCUGUGUGGCAGCUCCUACGAGCACCCCGCCACUGAAGGAGAACACAGACGAACUAUCCCACCAGGCGUGUCCUGUGUCAUCACCCGCGUCCUAGACGCCGCUCCACAACUCCAGACACGCUACGCAAACAGCACCGCCGGCGACCACAACGACGAAGAGUGGUACGUCUCGAGCGCCGAGGGAGGGUUUAUGGGUGCUCAAACCAGUGGCUCCAUUGACGUGCUGGCGGACCGUGUUCGAGAAGCCUGGAACUGCAAGAGAGUAUUUUUCCAGGUGUUUUCCGACCGCCCAGAUGACUUCAACCGUGUUUUGAUGAAUCACACCAAGAUGCGACAAAUCUCCAACUCAGGCUACGACUUGCAUAUAGGCGAGCCGGCGCUCUGA